AAUUGUAAAAAAAAUAUGUAAUUUUGCGGCGAUAUAUAUAUAUAAUAAUGCGAAUAAUAAUGUUUAAUAAUGCGAAUUAUAAAUUCAAUACCAUGUAAUAUUUCGUCGGUAGGUAAUAAUUUGCGAUGGACGCAGCUAGAACACGAACCGAAAUACCUAGCUGUUUACCGGCAGCGUUAUCUCUGUAAAAUAUUGGUUUUAAAACUACAUGCGCAGAUAGCGCGUUGCGCGUAUGAAGCUCAUGCUCCGAUCGCUCCGGUGAUUAUAUCGAUGAUCGAUACCAUAAAUAGAUAAAUCGCAUGGUAUCGAUAUCGAAAUCGAUAUUUCAGGUAUGUUAAUUCUGCAACGUGGGACGUGGGAUAUGGAACAGGCCGACACUGCACUCUGCAGGCGGACCAGGCGGUCGGUAGUGGGACGUGGGACGUAAGUAGACAGCGUAGGAGACGCUAACAGGUGCUGACUGCUGACUGCUGAUUAGUUCUCGUCAGUUCCCGCGUUCGGUAGCACCCGGGUGCUCGCUGUCAAAGAAAAACCGCGGCUGAAUAUGCCGUAUAGCGAGGAGUACAUCAAAGACAAAGUGACCGAGGGAUUGAAAGCUUCACACGUGGAACCCCCUCUCGAAAUUCUUGCCGGGUAGUUUCGAUUCAAAGCGACAAACGAGUGGCUACUCGUAUGAGGGAGAAUGCAGGGAAAGCUGCAGCUCGCUUUGAUCACCUCCUUUGCCGUUCUCUUGAGAUGCUGCGUUACUUACCAUUCCCACAGCGGAGAGGGCAGGCCCCCUAUGUAUGGAGACUACGAGGCCCAACGGCACUGGCAGGAGAUCACGUUGAAUCUACCAGUUGACAAGUGGUACAUCAAUACCACUGACAACAAUCUGCAGUAUUGGGGCUUAGACUAUCCACCUUUAACGGCGUACCACAGCCUCCUAUUAGGUCACGUUGCGAACCGGAUAGAUCCCUCCUUCGCGAAGCUGGGAGAGUCCAGGGGAUUCGAGAGCGCGACGCACAAGUACUUCAUGAGACUGACCGUCCUGAUUGCGGACAUUUUGAUUUAUUUGCCGGCGAUUGUAUACUUUAUGAUCAAUUCGUGCUCGUGGGGUAGUUGCAAGUUUGACGAGUCCAAUAUAUUCAAGUUUACGAAGAGAGAUCUCGCCGUUCUGACUGCACUGAUCUAUCCGGGAUUGAUAUUAAUAGAUCACGGACAUUUUCAGUACAAUUGUGUAUCUCUAGGUCUCUUCGUCGCCGCUGUAGCCGUUAUAGUGCAAGAUUCGUUCGUCGUUAGCUCAGUUCUGUUCGUCCUAGCGUUGAACUACAAGCAAAUGGAACUGUAUCACGCUUUGCCAUUUUUCUUCUAUAUCCUCGGACGUCACACACCUGGCAAGACAAGAUCCUGGUCUCACUGUGUUCGCAUGCUGACGUGCAUAUCUUUGGCGGUACUACUAACGUUCUACGUUAUCUGGAUUCCAUUUCUCAAGAGCAGAGACCUGUUUUUCAGCGCGGUGCUCAGAUUAUUCCCCUUUUCCAGGGGUGUGUUCGAAGACAAAGUCGCCAAUGUCUGGUGCGCGAUCAAUGUUGUCUGCAAAUUACGACAGAUUUUCACGAAUGAGCAAUUAGCCAAGAUCUGUUUAACGAUAACAACGUGCGCGGUUCUACCGAGCUGCGUCAGUUUAUACUUAUCAUCUACAAGAAAGGCAUUUAUGCUCGCUCUAAUAAAUUCCGCCCUGGCAUUCUUCCUUUUCUCGUUUCAAGUUCACGAGAAGUCCAUUCUCUUAGUCGCCGUUCCGGUUUUGCUGUACUUUCACAGCGAUCCUCUUCCUUGCUUCUGGUUUUUGAUCAUCUCACAUUUUAGUAUGCUGCCAUUAUUUAUAAAGGACAAGCUGUACCUCGCUUAUCUUGGCACGAUGGUUUUUUACUUUUGUUCCGUCUCUUGGAUAUGGCCCGAUCUAUUUUAUAACGGUAGAACAAACAGCACGUUAAAUAAAGAUAAAUCAAAAUCGAAAGGUAGGGUAAAACAACAUAAGAAAAGUAAGCUUCUCUCAGACUUGUUGAACUAUAGCAAAAAGUCUUGGCUUCUCGUCGCGUUCUACGGAUCUAUUUCAGGUGCGUUGCUUCUCUCUAUUGUCAGUCCAUUUGUAAAACCUCCUGCAAGAUACCCGGAUCUAUUUCCGCUUUUAAUAUCGAUGUAUUCUUGCGGGCACUUUGUAAUUUUCUUUAUAUAUUUCAAUUACGUCCAACUAUUUGUAUUAAGGAAAGAGAUCGUCACAAACAAAGUCAAGUCACAUUAAACGAGCUACUGAAACCAAAGAAUAUGUAAAUUGUUACAAUUGUAAAGAAUAAAUAAACCUGCUCUUUAAAAAAGAUA